AUGUCCACCACUACCGAGACCAAGCAGCGCACAGUUGCCGCUCGCUUCGAGACCAAGGACUUGAUCACUUUCGACAAGAAUCACGUUUACGGUGACUGGCGCGACGAGUUCCACAAGAACGGCUGUGUAUUGAUCAAGAAUGUCAUUACUCCCGAGCGCGCGCAGUACUACUGCGACAAACAAAUUCAGUGGCUAAAGAACUUUGAGCUUGGCUUCGACGAUAAGGAUCCCAACACCUGGACUGCUGAGCACCUCCCAAUCAGCUUCAAGGGUGGUAUGUACUAUGCCUACUGCGCGCCCCAUGAAAGGAUAGCUUGGGAGGCUCGCACUGAGCCUAAGGUGGUUGAGAUCUUUGAGAAGCUUUGGGGCACCAAGGAGUUGAUCACUUCGUUUGAUGGGAUGAACAUCUCUCUGCCAAACCGCAAGGACCUUAACUGGAGCCCUUGGCCACACUGUGAUCAGAACCCGGAGCGGAAGGGUAUGCAAGCGGUCCAAGGUCUCCUGAACUACGCCCCUAAUGGCCCGAAGGACGGCGGUCUCAUGCUUAUGAAGGGAUCAGCAAACCUAUUUAACGAAUUCUUCGAGCACAACAAGAAGGACAUCAAGUGGUUCGAGGAGCGAGGCUGUGAGUUGGUAAAGAUCGAUAUGGAGCCUGGUGACUUUGUCCUUUGGGACUCUCGCACUAUGCACUAUGCCUGCCUGCCCGAGGGUGAGCAGAUUCGACACGUGCAAUAUAUCUGCAUGACGCCGAGAAAGUUUGCCGAUGAGGAAGCUCUGAAGGCGAAGAAGUACUGUUUUGACAAGUUCAUUGGAACUACCCAUUGGCCUCAUUGUAACAUUCGUCCUGCCGAGGAAAAGCCGAUGCGGAACGGAGAAGUUUGCCCCAAGCACCGGACUGAGCCGUUUGAGAAGCCAAUUAUCACCGAUCAGGUCCUUCAAUUGGCUGGAAUCAGGCCUUAUUGA